UAAUGGCUGCCUGAGCAACGUCUCCAAGCAGGCGCUUGGUUAGAGGCGGGUCUCAACCAGCGACUCAUCGGAGGCGGGCUUCAGAGCAGCGGUAGGGGAGGCGGGAGAAGCGGCGGCGGCCAAGCCGACCGAGGAGUAUCCUGAGUCUAAAAGCAAGUAACUUUCCACUUGUUCAUCAAGAUGGAAAACUCAGAUUCUAAUGAUAAAGGAAGUGGUGAUCAGUCUGCAGCACAGCGCAGAAGUCAGAUGGACCGAUUGGAUCGGGAAGAAGCUUUCUAUCAAUUUGUAAAUAACCUGAGUGAAGAAGAUUAUAGACUUAUGAGAGAUAACAAUUUGUUAGGCACCCCAGGUGAAAGUACUGAGGAAGAGUUGCUGAGACGGCUACAACAAAUUAAAGAGGGCCCACCACCACAAAACUCAGAUGAAAAUAGAGGUGGAGACUCUUCAGAUGAUGUGUCUAAUGGUGACUCUAUAAUAGACUGGCUUAACUCUGUCAGACAAACUGGAAAUACGACAAGAAGUGGGCAAAGAGGUAAUCAGUCUUGGAGAGCAGUGAGCCGGACUAAUCCAAACAGUGGUGAUUUCAGAUUCAGUUUAGAGAUAAAUGUUAACCGCAAUAAUGGAAGCCAAAAUCCAGAGAAUGAGAAUGAGCCAUCUGUAAGACGUCCUAGUGGAGAGAAUAUGGAAAACAAUAGCCAAAGGCAAGUGGAAAAUCCACGUUCUGAAUCGACAUCUGCAAGGCCAUCUAGAUCAGAACGAAAUUCAACUGAAGCACUUACAGGAGAAGUACCACCUACCAGAGGUCAGAGGAGGGCAAGAAGCAGGAGCCCAGAUCACCGGAGAACCAGAGCAAGAGCUGAAAGAAGUAGGUCACCUCUGCAUCCAAUGAGCGAAAUUCCACGAAGAUCUCAUCAUAGUAUCUCAUCUCAGACUUUUGAGCAUCCUUUGGUAAGUGAGACUGAGGGAAGUUCUAGAACCCGGCACCAUGUGACAUUGAGACAGCAAAUAUCUGGACCUGAGUUACUAAGUAGAGGUCUUUUUGCAGCUUCUGGAACAAGAAAUGUCUCUCAAGGAGCAGGUUCUUCAGACACAACUGGCAGUGGUGAAUCUACAGGAUCAGGACAGAGACCUCCAACCAUAGUCCUUGAUCUUCAAGUGAGAAGAGUUCGUCCUGGAGAAUAUCGGCAGAGAGAUAGCAUAGCUAGCAGAACUCGGUCAAGGUCUCAGACGCCAAACAACACUGUCACUUAUGAAAGUGAACGAGGAGGUUUUAGGCGUACAUUUUCACGUUCUGAGCGGGCAGGUGUGAGAACCUAUGUCAGUACCAUCAGAAUUCCUAUUCGUAGAAUCUUAAAUACUGGUUUAAGUGAGACUACAUCUGUUGCAAUUCAGACCAUGUUAAGGCAGAUAAUGACAGGUUUUGGUGAGUUAAGCUACUUUAUGUACAGUGAUAGCGAUUCAGAGCCUAGUGGCUCAGUUCCUAGUCGAAAUAUGGAAAGGGCAGAGUCACGAAAUGGAAGAGGGGGUUCUAGUGGUAGUAGCAGUUCUGGUUCCAGUUCGAGUCCUAGUUCCAGUUCGAGUCCUAGUUCCAGUUCCAGUGGUGAAAGUUCAGAAACUAGCUCAGAGGUGUUUGAAGGCAGUAAUGAAGGAAGCUCAUCAUCAGGCUCAUCAGGUGCCAGGCGAGAGGGUCGACACAGGGCCCCAGUCACAUUUGAUGAAAGUGGCUCUUUGCCCUUCCUUAGUCUGGCUCAGUUUUUCCUCUUAAAUGAGGAUGAUGAUGACCAACCUAGAGGACUCACCAAAGAACAGAUUGACAACUUGGCAAUGAGAAGUUUUGGUGAAAAUGAUGCAUUAAAAACCUGUAGUGUUUGCAUUACAGAAUAUACAGAAGGCAACAAACUUCGUAAAUUACCUUGUUCCCAUGAGUACCAUGUCCACUGCAUCGAUCGCUGGUUAUCUGAGAAUUCUACCUGUCCUAUUUGUCGCAGAGCAGUCUUAGCUUCUGGUAACAGAGAAAGUGUUGUGUAAUUGAGAUCUGAACUCUCAGCUAUGUAGCUGGUAUAGUGAUGGGCAAACAGGAAUCACUUGCUUUAUGUCCACUUUUUGAGUGGUGCUUAAAUGUAAAGUAAAAACUGAACUGAGUCAUUGCUUUCUGAGGGAAUCAUUGUCCUUUCUGCAGUAUCUGUCCCAGAAUAAAAGGAAAUAUUUUAAAAGCAACAUUUUAGGACCUAAAAAUCUGAUUUCAGUACCAGUUGGAUUGAUAGCAUCUCUGUUACUGAAAUCAUGUACACUUGUCAGUUUCUCAUUUGUUAUCUUAAAAGAUCUGCCUUAGCAAUGGCUCCUAUCUGUUCCAUGUUGAUCUUUAAAAUUUUCCACUCCAUAGGAGAGGGGCGAAGGAAAUUCCCAGUUUAGACUAAGUUAUAGUAUGUGUUUCAUAAGUGAUUACUUAAAGCUAUACUGUUCCAGUUAUUAGUUGACACAAAUUCAGUCACAUUCUGAAUAUUGUUUGUUCACCUUUCAGACUAGGUGAUACUGGACAUGUCAGUGUAAAUAACACUAAGGUUAGGAUCUUAUAAGUGUGUAACUGUCUCCUAAGCCCAUCACUGUGGCACACUAUAGAGUGAGCUCAUAGUUUAAUUGAGAUAUUUAUCUUGUGGAAAUAAUAAAAAGCCUAUGCUUGUGUAAGUGAAAAAAUCACAUUCAUUUGUUUAAAAAUGUAAAGCUAUUUUAUAGAGGCUCAGUACUUUUCAAAUGCACUGUUAUAUUAAUGCAUUAAAAAUUGUAAAGUACCAUGCUUAGAAAUGAGCAAACUGCUUUUUGUGAGCCAGCAUAGUAAAAAACACACCAAACAAAGUACAAAGCUGCUUUUGUAAGUGUGUAGAUGUCAAGAGCAGAACAUAUCUAUAAUAUUUAAUGUAUGUGAACAGCUACUGUGACAUACAAAGAAAAGGACAGUGCAGUGUCAAACUGCAUUAAAGACCAAUGGAAAUUGUGUAUUUUAACUUGGAUUUAGGCAGGAAGUGAAAGAUGGAAGGAAUAAAGAAAAGUGCUCUGAAGAGUUCAGUUUUCAUGAAGACAGUAAUAAUGCAGACAUGAACUGGUUUCAUAGUGAGAGCAGCAGCAGUGUGACCCGGUAUUCUACUUGAGUAGAUGAAGCAGAAGGUCAGCAAAUUUGGCAGAGCUUUGUUUUAAGAAAAACAAACCACUACCACCUAGCACAAGUUAAAUUGAUGUUUUUACAACUCUGUUCCUCAAAAAAAAAAAAAAAAAAAAAAAAAGGUGGAGUAAAGAGACUGUAAAUCACUUUUAGUAUAAGAAUUGCAGUUGGUACAGAUAUGUGUGCUACUAGGACAGUCUCGAAUUCGUGUUGUUUUCGAGAUUUGACAUUUGAGGUACCAGUGCACACUUGUUAAUAUUUUAUUACUGUCUCUCUAACAGACCUAACAUCUCACAUUUAAAGACCAGUUGAAGAAUUAAGGGAUUUUUAUCCUUUGUUGAAAGUGAGCCAUGUUGGGUUAUUUGAAAUUCAAAUUUUAAUUGUGCUGCCCAUAUUUGAAGAUAAGACUGCUGAUUCAUUUCUGUGGACAUGCACUUUAUGUUGUUUUCUUAGUAGUAAGAAUAGAUUCAUGAUAACCCCAGUAUUCUUAUGAGGCCAGUUGGGGUUAGGGUUAGUCUGACUGUGGAGCAGGUAUUUGUUUUUCUGGGAAAAGCUGACAGGCCAAAAGAGUGAUAGAACACAUCCUUGGCCUUUAACGUAGUGAGCUAACUACCCUGACAUAGUCAAAUACUCUACAAAAUAAGGAAGUCUGCAUUAGGAAUUAUCUGGCUACCUUCACUGUUAUCAACUUAGCUGUAAAGAUUAUUUCAAAGCUCAUUCUGUCAUGUUUUCUUCUGGCUUUCAGUCCUACCUAAAUAUCAAGGAAGUUAACUUGUAAAUAUGGUAGUUGUUUACUAAGGAUAUGUACUGCUCUUGCAAGGAAAUAAUGUCCAAACAAAGCUUCACUUAUUUUUUUUAAUAUAAGCAGAUUUCACUGUUUAUGGCGCUUAUGUAAUACAUUUUAUCUUUUUAAAAAAUUGUCCAUGUAAAAGUCAGGAUUCCUUUAUAUUUGUGAGCCUCCUUGUCUCCUUUCCUAAGAGUGUAAUCUAUGGUUUUCAGAUUUGCAGGGUACUCCUGAUUGGCUAAAAACAAAUCCAUUUUCCUCUUAGUAUAGAGGUGUUCAUUUUAAAUACUUUAAAAACAACUGCAGCAUAUUCUAAGCAUAAAAGAAAGCUAUUGACAACAGGUACCUCCCUAAUCUCCCAAGGUGUAUUACUCAUUUGUGAAGUAUUAAAAUGAGAGGUAACUCAAGCAGAAUGCUGGUUAUGAAUGUAGAUAUUGAAGCUAUUCAUAAACACUGGAAAUAGUAUUUUAAGUUUUUAGCCUUCAGUAGCAUGCACAUAUUGGAUAUGUGCAUGUGGACACCUUCAGUAGCACUCAUUAAUUUCCAUUGGUUUGUGUAGAAUGAAUACAAGAAUUUGCUACUUAAGUUUUUAUUUUGGGAAGUCCAUGACUAAUAUAUACUUACUAGUGUUGUGGACACUGAAGACAAGAUCAUUUGUAGGUGUCAGAUGUACAAUGGAGAACAAAUAUCUUUUUUUUCCCCACCAGCAUCCAUACACCUACUCUUAAGAGAGCAUUCUCUUGCAAAAGACUUGACGUUUAAUUUGUAUCUUUGCACUUUUUCUUUAUUACAGAAAAGUUCUGUCUUUAAGACCUGGUUUGAACUUCAUGCGGUAAUAGAAACAAGGAAAAAACAAUGUUGGGAGAUUACAUUGUUCAAAACAUAGGGAAAAGUACUAAGACCUGAACUUCCUUAAAUAUUUCAGAUAGUUUUUAAAAUUUGCUUACUAGAUUGAAAUGUUUUAAGUGUUUUGUUGUUCAACUCCAAGCAGCUGGCAAGGUUGAGCUUUAUUAGUACUAGAAACAAAAUUGAACAAGUUGGGUCAAAAGUUUGCAGGCUUUAUUUGUAGCAACAGUAGAAGAUGAACCAUGUUAAUUUGGAACGUUUGCUCUAAAAAGACCACAUUAGUUAUACUUCAGUGGUGUUAAUGGAGAUGGGGAUUGAGAAAAGUGUUCACGUUAGUGUUGGAAUGUAGAUAAUUAUACAGUUUGUCAGAAAACCUUUAGCGCCAGGAUAAAUACAAAAUCUUUAAGAACAUGAUUAUUGGAGUUCAUCCAUACUUGAGGAUUAGGAAACUGGUUAGCUAUGUUUGUUACCUCAAGUAAUGUCAUAUUUCCCCCCUCCUCCCCAACACGCCCUAUCCGUGCCAACUAUUUUCUCCUAGUGUCAGUGUCUCAAAUUAUAUUUAUGAAGAGUUAUCACUUAAUAUGCUUUGUAUUUAAUCACCUGCUUCCCAAGUGUCCAUGACAUGAAAUGGGUGAAGCAUUAGCCUGUGACUUUCAGUCAGUUCCCAAAAUACCCAUGUGAUAGGGAGGUAAAUGUUGCAAAAUGCCUCUUAAAAGGCCAUUUUUACAGCUUGCUAGAAUACAGUGGCACCUUGUGGUGGUUGUUAUUUUUCUUUUAAAAAUGGUGGAUAUUUUUAUUAUCCCCUCUUUUCUCCUUUGUUCUUUUGUGAACGAAAAAAAUUGUAGUCUGCCUUAUUUGAUUUUUUUUUUUUUUUUUUUUUUUUUUAUGUUUUACCUUACUGGCUUCCCUGUCAAAUGUUUUACCAAUGUUAAAGUACACAGAAGCCACGUUCGCAGGGCACUUUUAUUCUUUUCUAGUCUUAUAAGACUAUGCUGACUCCCACUUUCUGAAGUAUUCUGUAUCUUAGUAAUGCAAGAGAUUGAUAAGACACAAGUUUGUGUCAGUUGUCUUUUUUUUUAAGUAUAGUAUAAUUCUUCAGUAUGUUUAAUAUUCAGUAACAGUGUUGUAAUUCAUUGAGUUAACUAGUAAAUUGUGUGCUUUUGAAAAAAACAUUUGAAAAUGUAAAUUGACAUAACAUGCUUCAUUUGGAAAGUUAAAGUGCAAGGUUCGAGGAACUAGUAUUUCACUUAUUUCUAAAUCAGAUUUUUAGUAAGCAAUUAAAAACAGCUGUGAGUUCAGUAUCCGCCCUUUAAAAAUUUUAGCACUCUGAAAUUAAGAAUGCUUAACUGGAACAGUUAUAAAAUAUUAUCUAAUACUCCAAGUGAGUGAUCACAUUUAGUUUGUAUCUAAAAGUUUGAAUCUAAAAGUCUGCAGCAUAGAAUAGAGCUGUUAUUGGGGUGUUAGCACUCUCAAAGAGUAAUAACAGAACAGGUUGUGUCAGUUUUAUGAUUCUUUUCAUGUCUGUUUAGGUGUUUUGAUUCAAAGCCGAAGGAAAUAGGCACAUUCUCCAGCACUCUUAAAAUUAUAGUGAUAUUUUCUUGAUUAGGAUUUGUUUACUGAGGUUCCACAAGCUGCUCUGUAGUCAGUUGGGUUGAGUGGUAGAUAUGUCAAAGACAUGCAGUGAAAAUGAACCCCAUCAUACCACUGUGCCUCGUUAUUUCAAGGUUUUUAUAUCAGUUCCUCAUAUUGCAGAUUUAUUCUAAUACCGAGGUGUGGUUGAACCAGCUGCCCAGCCUUAACUCUGUAUCUAGUGCUCCACUACUAACAUUCUUGUAACUGAUUGAUUUGUAUGUGUAUUAACUGUCCAAUGUUUGGAUUUUACCUCUUGAUAGUUCCAUUUGUCCCUGGUGCUGCUUUUAAAGAUGUAGGGCCAUGUGAUCAGGUAUCAAGUUGAAUAGGUAUGCAGUUGACCUGGUUAUGUAUCUGUGCCUGUUUUAUCUUCUCCCAGGAAGAGCUGCUUUGGUAUAGAUGUUUACUUGGAUUCAUAUAAAGAACUGGGCAGCAAUCUUGGAAAGCUUCUGAAGCCUAUAAGAACCUGAAGAGAUUUGGAGGGGGAACAAUAACAAAGGCUGCCUUUAUAUCUUUGAACAUGAAGCACAUAAAAGUAUGUUCUGUAAAGACUUAAGUGAUUGUUAUACCAGGGCUUCCUGACCUCUGGGAGAGAUGCAAAAAAGCAGAGAGGAGCACAAAGUGAAGUGAAUUUGUUUGGCUUGCUUUAUCUGGUUUCUCAUUUUCUUUCAGUUUAAACUUGAAUAUAAUAUCCUUAUCCAGUAUCUAUCCAGCAGACUCCUGGUUGGGAAGCCCUUUAUUAAAUUUUGAGAAUGUACCCAGUUUUCUUUUUCUUUCUUUUUCUUUUUUUGUACAGUGCUUUACAUCUGCUAAAAGUUGUUUAAUGCAAAACAAGACCUUGAAAGGUCAGUCAUAUUAAAGCUGGUUUGGUUAUUGUUAUCUUUUAGGAAGAAGCUUUUUCCCUAUGUAAGAUGUCAUAACUGCAGAUUUAAAAUAUAGACUAUCAA